AUGUACCAGCCGGACUCCGACCCGGUGCCGAAACGAGCACGCACAGAGGAAAGCAACCACGAGGAGGCAGAGGCUGACCAAGAGUCUUUUCCACCUCCGCGCCGUGUUCCUCGCACGGUAGAGGAGACAGCCGCUCUCAUCGGAAAUGUGCGCGACAUCUCGAACCCGCGUUGUCAACGACUGUGCACGCACUUCCUCAAGAAUGAUUGCCUCUGGGGCGAUCAGUGCCGCUUCUCUCACGAUGCCAAGGCGCUCCGCGCUGGAGCUCCUCCCACUGAGGAGAUGAACUUCUCAAACCUUGACGUGAAUCAGGUCAGCAGCGUGGUGGAGAUCCCACGGGUCCAGCUGCGCUCCUUCAUGACGGAAAGCACAAGGCGCCUGCUCGCCGAGUCAGCAGGCAUCACGGAUCUCGAAUGGGAUGCGGAGCUGUCACAGGCGACGCUCUUCGGCACCGCCGUCCAGGUGGAGAAGGCCGAGGAGCUCCUCCGGCGCGCCAUCACGCACUGCAAGUGGGGAGUCAACGAAGUCAAAGUUCAAGGCCUCCUUGCCCAGGAGCCUUGCACUUCAGCGAAGCUGCUACUCUCUCCCAUGGUACCAGGACUGAGGCAGGGCUCCUUCAGUUUGGGUGGCGACAAGCUGCACGUUGUGCUAGGAUCUGAUGCCUCGAGCGAUCUUCCGAUCAAGGGUGCCGUGAUCUCCAGGACCCAUGCUCGCUUUGAGCUGGUGCCAAGUCGCGGAGCUCUGUACAUCGUGGACCUGUCCACCAACGGCACGUUUCUGAAUGGGGUUCGCCUGCCAGGGAAAGCGAGCGGAAAGGUGGCUUGCUUCCAUGGUGAUGAGCUUGUAUUCCCAGAGUCGACGACCGCCGCAAAGCUCGGCGAGUACGGCUACAUGAUCAACCUCCAAUUCUUCAGAUGUUGA